AUACGGAGCCUUAUCGUUAUUAUGGCUUCCGUUGCUUUGCCGGCGUUGAGCUGCCGGAGUUCAGGAGAACCGGUGAAGGAGCUUCGCGUUUGUACGAAUCGCACCUGCCGGAAACAAGGCUCCUUUCAGAUUCUGGAGACGUUUACAGCUCUCGCACCUCCCCAACUCCGAGUCAAUCCCUGCGCUUGCCUCGGCCGAUGCGGCUCCGGUCCAAACCUCGUGGCUCUCCCUCAAGGUCUCCUCCUCCGUCACUGCGCCACGCCUUCUCGAGCUGCUGAAAUCUUGUUCAGCCUCUGCCGCGACGGCCGUGCAGCUUCUUCCUCCUCCGCCGUCACGGAUGCUCUCGCCGCUUUAGCGCUCACCAACAAUGCUCUUUCCCAAAUCGAAGCCGGAAAAUUCCCGGAGGCCGAAGCACUUCUAACCCAGGCUUUAGAUUUGAAACCCUACGGUGGCUUGCACAAGAUCUUCACACACAGAGCAGUAGCAAAAUUGGGAAUGCUUGAUUACUCUUGUGCUCUUGAAGAUAUAAGCCAGGCUCUGGCAUUAGCUCCCAACUAUUCUGAGCCUUACAUUUGCCAAGGUGAUGUCUACGUUGCAAAAGGUCAAUAUGAUCUCGCCGAGAAUUCAUACUUGAAAUGUCUCGAGAUUGAUCCUUCUCUUCGCAGAUCGAAAUCAUUCAAGGCCCGGAUUACAAACCUUCAAAAGAAAGUUGGUGAAGUAGAUGUGACAUAGAGAGUAUUCUGACAUUUGGAGUUGUGUUGGAUGCAUACUGAUAACUGUCUAUAGUCUGUCAUUUCAACGGUAAUUCUUUUGUCUGUGCAAGACCGUUUCAAUAAAUGUCCCUUUCUUUUGGUAGAAGGUUGGGUUUUCCAGAUUGGCAAGGUAUGUAUAUAGGUUAUUAGUGUAUCAAGAGGUAAUGAGAGUGCCCUUGUAUAUAGAUUUUAUUCAGAAGAUAUUAUCCAAGUUAAUGACAUUAUUCUGGUACUAGAGACGACCCAAA